GGAAUUUUUAUAUUAUAAAGUUUGGCCCUAAUUGUUAUUUCAUAAUAGGACAAUAUGCUAAUUAUGAUUCGACAUUUUUCAACAAUGCCCCUUGUCGCCUGAUGGCAAAAUCCAGCCUUCUGAUGGCGGGAAUAUGGCGGUCCCUGCAGACGGCGUGCCCCAUGUGCACCAAAAAGUUCAGCCUCGCUCUGUUCGUCAGCUUCAUCUUGCUCGUCUGCUUCGUGCCUUUCAUCCGGAACAGAAUAUUCCAACCCGUUUGGCCAAAAGCUUGGCGGGAGAUCAGCACUUUGGACGUCAUUGCUAUCAAGCUGUUUACCAAAUCUACGCUAGAUUUAAAAGGCCGCGAUUGCAGCCGGGGACUCACAUCAGCGCCGGAUCUCCCAAAUAUAAAAAAAUACGGCGUGAAAUUUUACGCGGACGCCAAAGAAGCCAAGCUGAGAGACGAGAUCCAUCAGCGAUUUCUUCCCAUCGUCAACGAGGAAGAAAAAACCCGCCUCCUGCAGAUUUAUCUCAUCGUGACUGACGCCUUAAAAAAGAACAACGUCGAGUUCUUCCUGGUGGAAGGCUCCCUCCUAGGGGCGUACAGACACCGGGGCAUGGUCCCAUGGGACGACGACAUCGACAUCGCCGUGAACGUCAACCUCUGGGAGACGGUCAUGGACGCCCUGGGAUGCUUCGACGGGUACAUCCUCCUCGCGUCCUCCACCAUGCACUGGAAGUUCUACCCCAACUCCACCAAACCGAGGCUGGGGUACCCUUUCAUCGACAUCUUCUUCUACACAGAAAACGACCUUUACGUUUGGGCGGUGACGCAUUAUCUGACCGCCACGGUGAUUUUCGCCAAGGAAGACGUGUUUCCCCUGACCACGGCGGAGUUUGAAGGGUUGACUGUCCCCGUUCCUAAAAACAUGGCCAAAGCGACCAAAUCUGUGUUUAACACGGAUUUUUGUCAGUCCCCCAGCUCGAACCACAAAGAUGCCAUAACCUACUCGUCAUCUCAAAUGUCAACAAUUAGAUGCACCCAUUUGUUAUAUUUAUACCACAUGUAUCAUGUACACUGAUAUACAUUGUUUAUUUUGCUAAGUAAAAUUAUUAUUAUUUUAAAAAUUCAAGUCGUCAGUAUUAUUUUUUGAGUACCUUGACUUUCUACAGGGCAGAUGAAGUAGAGUUUAAUCGGCUUUUUGUGGUCACGGAAUACACGGACAAUAAGUGGACAAAGUACUUUCGACCUUUGACCUCAAAGUAAGCAAUGAUAUAUUGAAGAUACCUGGACUCAUCCAUGUUACAACAUCUCAACGAGGGCUGAACUCGUGACAUUUUAACUAGCUAUAGCGCGCUCAAUACCCAGUUAUUAAAGUUCUAUAAUUGCUAUAAGGUCCCAUUACCAGAAUAUUUUCCUAUAAGGUCACAUUACCAGAACGUUUUCCUAUAAGGUUCAAUUACCAGAAUAUGUUUCCAAAAAGGUCCCAUUACCAGAAUGUUUUCUUAUAAGGUCCCAUUACCAGAAUAUGUUUUCCUAUAAGGUCCCAUUACCAGAAUGUUUUCUUAUAAGGUCCCAUUACCAGAAUGUUUUCUUAUAAGGUCCCAUUACCAGAAUAUGUUUUCCUAUAAGGUCCCAUUACCAGAAUAUGUUUUCCUAUAAGGUCCCAUUACCAGAAUAUUUUCAUAUA